AUGAGGCAGGAGGCGGCGACGACCGGCUCCUGCACCACGAAGAUCCUGAGCCUCCCCAUCACGCCCAUCGCUGCUGCUGCGGUUGCUCCUCUUCUUCGCCGAGAUGGGGAUGGGAAUGGGGAUCGGCUGUGCGCGGUGCGCCUGUGCCUUCCUUCCUUCCGUCGACUCGGCGGUCGGCGCGACCCCUUCGAUGCUGAUAUUUUUUUUUUCUCAGUGUCCUUUUCGUCUGGCCCAUGGUCCCAGCUCGACACCUCCGUGGGCCGGCCCAAGGGAAACUCUCGGUCUGAUCACUUUUGGCCCAACGGACCCGUGCCGUCUGCCAGCACCCAGCAGCCUACGCCAAAACCGCUCGGGAAUCAGAUGAGGAUGAGAAGAAGAAGAGCAAUAGUGACUCUGGGAGCAGUAGCGGAGGUGGGGACGGGCGGGCCAGCAGCGAGCGGCGAGUGUGGCGUCGUCGGAAACUGGUAUUUGCAUCAACCAAACAAUGCUUGGAAUUUCAUACUUAUCUCACUCGGCAUGACCAAAGAAGAUGACAUGUUGCGUUACAAGUUGGAUCGUAUCCCUUUCUUAGAAGAGAAAGUGAGAAAAGUAAGGGAGAAUGGGAAGAUCAUAUGCCUGGACAUUAAUCAGCUAAUGUUAUCUCAAGAGAAUAGAUUUGCAUUCACCAUGGAGGUGGCUGAAGAAGCUAAUGCCUAUCUUGAGAAGAACAGGCAUGAAUAUGGGUUGAAGAAGCCUAUACUGCAUGUUCUCAGUGACCGCAUGAAUGAAGCUGGGUUUUCUCGGCCUGAGGGUUACCUUUAUCCUUAUCCUAUCAAGCCUGGUCCUUAUUUCAUUAAAGAGGAAGGAAACUGA